GCGCCGGAGCCAGUGGCGCUGCGGACGAGGCCGAGGCCGCCGGGGCUUUCGUGACGCGCGGCCGGCGAGCGAACGCAAAAUGACGCGCAUUGUCGUCAACCUGCCACAGGUGUUGCUGGCGGUGUCCGUUGCUGGGACUUCCUUGGGCAUCACCAGUACUGACAGACACAGCAGGACGGCAACCACCGAAUCCCUUGUGCAUGGGGAUGAAGUUCCACCGACGCUGCAACCAACGCCUUAUUUACGGAGGGACUGCGCGAGUCCUUACUUCCGAAUCGCCGGCCAGUGCCUUUCCAUCAGGUAUACGUUGAAUGCGACCUGGCAACACAGCCGAGAUUUCUGCCGGGCUCUGGAUGGCGACCUGGCUGCCGCUGCCUCCUUUCAAAAUAUCUUGCUCGGAUAUGUGAAUGCUUACUCGAGUAGUUGGAAGAUGUUUCGCCGGUCCCUGUGGGUCGGCGCCAGCAGGCCGGACCCGCACUCCGGCUUCCGCUGGCUGGACGGCUCGGACCUGCCCCCGCUGGACUCGUCCCUCUGGGACUACCGGGACGGCGACGACUACAACUGCGUUUAUCUGUGGUUUAGCCACAACACGACCGUCAAGUACAGGAACGCUGACUGCAAAGACGGAGGCGGGGGGGUUUGCCAGUGCCUCUUCUGUUGACAGCUGAAAGGGGGACCAGGCGGUUCUCGCCUCUAGGAAGUGACAUUUUUAUUAUUUAGAACCUACCAUGCUGGUAGUGCAGUAUAUGCUGUAUGCCUGUUUACAUUGACACACAUGCACGCACACACAAACGCAUAUACAUAUAUGUGUGUUUAUGUAUAU